AUGACUUACAGAUUUUGCUGCAGCGCUUGUAAUCAAGUUCAUUGCAUACCAAGGAGCACAGCUAAAACAUAUGAACGAAUGCUACUAAAAGUUAUAGUUCAAAAUGACUUAUCUUUCAACUAUUACAAUCCAGAGUACUUAACAAUGGUAAUUGAUAAUCGUCCGAACACCUCUGCUAUUCGUCCAGGUUUCCUGAUGAUAUUGAUGACUUACGUACAAAUCUUGCCCAACAGCCACGAAUUGGACGAGAGAAAGCUCGAAACAUAUUUAAUCAAUCAUAUUGAAGGAUUCAAAGCUCCUUUGUUUGUCAGCCAAUUUUCAUUUGGACAAUCGAAUCCCACAUAUCUUUUAAAAGAUGGAAAUCAACAACAAUAUGUACUUCGCAAGAAGCCACCAGGAACUUUACUAUCAAGCACAGCUCAUGCUGUCGAACGAGAAUAUCGCAUCCUUCAAGCGCUAGGAACCAAGACCAACGUUCCUGUACCGAAAGUUUAUAUGCUUUGUGAAGACAAAAAUGUGAUAGGCACACCAUUCUACGUCAUGGAAUUUUUGUCAGGUCGUAUCUAUGAAGAUUGCCGCAUGCUGUCUAUUCCUUUUGAAGAGCGCAAACAACUAUGGUACUCAGCUAUUGAAACUUUAGCAAAAUUACACCGUGUUGAUUUUAAGGCGAUUGGUUUAGACAAUUACGGUAAAAACUCUGGCUUCUACGAUCGACAGAUGAAAUCCCUCGGUAAAGUUUCUCAAACUCAAGCAAAGGUCAAGGAUGAAGAGACAGGCCAAGUGGUGGGCCCUAUCCCUCGUUUAGAUGAGAUGUUUGCUUGGUUCAAAAGAAACCAAGUACCGGAUAAAGCUACCAUCAUACACGGUGAUUUCAAAAUUGAUAAUAUGAUAUUCCAUCCUACCGAGCCUCGCGUAAUUGGUGUAUUGGAUUGGGAACUUUCAACCGUUGGUCAUCCUCUCUCUGAUCUAUCAAACUUAUUACAGUCUUUCUACGUGCCUGCUACUGCUUCUGAUAGUAAUAGUAAUAUGUUAGGAUUUAAAGAUAGCAAGGAGCCUCUUCCUAUACCUGAAGCCGCUGAGUUAAUGGAACAUUAUUGCUCCAUCUUGGAAGAACCUUUUCCUAUUCCUCGUUGGAAAUUUGCAGUUGCUUUCUCAUUCUUCAGAUUAGCAGUCAUCAUUCAGGGUAUUGCAGCACGUGUAGCUCGUAAGCAAGCAAGCUCGGCUCAAGCAAAAAGCUAUGCUUCUCGCUUCAAGCCUGUAGCACAGAUGUGUUUAAAUAUCGUGGAUGAGGGAGAUAUAGACAACUUGAGUAAACUUUAA